UGUAGACAGGUAUUUCACAUUGCGCGCACCCGAUUACGUGCGCGCUCCGUCAUUCAUUUAACCCGGACGUGAAGCCGCUCCACAGAAAAAUAUCAGAUACAGUAAAAGAGCCUACCUUCAGAAAAGAUCACGUUCUUGACCAGACAGAGCAUUUUACUGUAAAUCAAAACUCUCAGGGAGAGAGUCUACAAUUGCAACGUGACCACCAUGUCUGCCUGAUCACCAAUAGGUUGUUAUACUUCUGAAUUGGAUGGCUCACUGAACAUCAUCUCAACGUUCUGUCAGCAUUCCCUCCAUGUUCUCUGGGUUACGCUGAACACGAGUGUUUGCCUGGAUCCUGGCGGCGGCUGUAAAAUAUACGUGUGUGUGCAUGUACUGGCCUCUGGCUGAGUAAUCUCGCGUGUGCAUUUGUUGGGGUCGUCCUGCGGCCGCUGGAUUAGUGCCCCUCCCCCAUCCCCAACGCUCAAAACUGGCAAUGUCCAGGGUGCCAAGUCCGCCCCCUCCUGCUGAAAUGACCAGCGGCCCUGUGGCCGAAAGCUGGUGUUACACACAGAUCAAAGUGGUUAAGUUCUCCUAUAUGUGGACCAUCAACAACUUCAGCUUCUGUCGGGAGGAGAUGGGCGAGGUCAUCAAAAGCUCCACCUUCUCCUCUGGGGCCAAUGACAAGCUCAAAUGGUGUUUGCGAGUGAAUCCUAAAGGUCUGGAUGAAGAGAGUAAAGAUUAUCUUUCGCUCUAUUUGCUCCUGGUCAGCUGUCCUAAGAGUGAAGUUCGUGCCAAGUUUAAGUUCUCCAUCCUGAAUGCCAAGGGCGAGGAAACCAAAGCCAUGGAGAGUCAGCGGGCAUAUCGGUUCGUGCAGGGAAAAGACUGGGGUUUCAAGAAGUUCAUAAGGCGGGACUUUCUCCUGGAUGAGGCCAAUGGGCUGUUACCUGAUGACAAGUUGACGCUCUUCUGUGAGGUGAGUGUUGUGCAGGACUCUGUGAAUAUCUCUGGCCAGAAUACCAUGAACAUGGUGAAGGUUCCGGACUGCCGACUAGCCGAUGAACUUGGCGGAUUGUGGGAACAUUCCAGAUUCACAGACUGCUCACUGUGUGUUGCUGGGCAGGAGUUCCAGGCACACAAAGCCAUACUAGCAGCACGUUCCCCAGUUUUCAGCGCUAUGUUUGAACACGAGAUGGAGGAGAGUAAAAAGAACCGAGUGGAGAUCAAUGAUGUGGAGGCUGAGGUCUUCAAAGAGAUGAUGUUCUUCAUCUACACUGGAAAAGCACCCAACCUGGACAAGAUGGCCGAUGACCUGCUUGCUGCUGCUGACAAGUAUGCUCUAGAGCGACUGAAGGUGAUGUGUGAGGAUGCUCUGUGCACCAGUCUGUCUGUGGAAAAUGCAGCAGAGAUUCUGAUCUUGGCCGACCUACACAGCGCUGACCAGCUCAAGACACAGGCCGUCGACUUCAUCAACUACCAUGCAUCAGAUGUGAUGGAAACCUCCGGCUGGAAGUCCAUGGUGGCGUCUCAUCCCCACCUGGUUGCUGAGGCAUACCGCUCCCUGGCCUCUGCCCAGUGCCCUUUCCUGGGCCCUCCUCGCAAACGCCUCAAACAGUCUUAGUGCCAUUCUUUACCGUAACCCAACCCCCACACCUACAAUCACACUCACACAACUGCCUACAAGGGGGUGCUAUUUUAGAUUUACAUCCCCCUAGCUCUGACCCUUUAGAUGCCUAAAACCAGCUCUUGAUCUGCCCCUCCCUUCCACGUUAUCCAGACAGACCCCUCCAGAGCGCCAAGCACCCUCUUGUUGCUAAGUUCCUUACAGUCGGGGAGUUUGAAGGCUGCAACAGGGUAAUCCCUCAACAAAACUUGGCUAACCUCUGCACCGACUGUCUGUCCAGAAGAGAAAUGUGAUUGUUGUUGCAGAACUGGGUUGGCGCUCAUGAGCAUGGACAGAUGAAUCAAAGUUAAGGACAAUAUAGGACUGAAGCCUUUGGUCAGGCACGUAAACAUGAGAUAAAUUGUUGAAGCGGAACUUUUUUACACAGGCCCUUCUACUGGCGCUACCAUGUGCUAUCCUUCAGUGUGUGAACUGGUUCUCCAUCUCUGCUUCAUACCUUGUUCAAAAAUGCUCAGUCUAUAGAUAUUUCCCUUAACAGUCAUGGAUUGAGGGAAUUUUAUUUGGAUUGAGUAUUAAAAAGAAAUCGAGGACAAACUCCAUUAAUGUCGCAAAAUAACUUUUUAAUAGGUAGCAUGUGUCCUCGUAAUGAUGACAUUAGCAUUGAGUAGAUUCCUGUGUGACUGUGUGACUUUUUCCAGAACUGUCCUCUGUUUCUAGAGAAAAAUCAACAUAAAACUUGUCACCAUAAUGAACUUUGGCCCAAGAGCUAUCCUGGAUUCUGAAUGGAGAAGAAUUUAAGAUGGACUUCCAAUGAUUUGGUCUCCUAUUACAGGAAAAAUUAAUGGACAGAUCCGGCAAGGAGUUUACAAAUGGGGAAAUGCUCAUCAACUUUUUUAUUUUUUCUUGUGAUGUUUAUUUGAGAUUUUUCUUCCUUGUAGCACUUGUGUAUUGAAUCCAGGCUUUCUGUAUGAAACAAAUGCAAAAAAAAAA